UACGAAAACACAAACGAGAAAUUUGUGACGAAACACGACGUUUCAGCGUUGUAGAAAGGAGAGAGAGAGAGAGAGAGAGAGAGAGAGAGAGAUGAUAAUGGCGAGAAGUGCCGAUGCUGCUGUGGUUUUGAAAAAUGGUGUUUGUGAUCAUCUUCACAAGGGUAUUUUCUCUCAAUUUCCUUGUUUUCUUACAAUCUUACUGAAUCCCUAUUCUCAUCUUCAUAUCAAAGCUUCUGCGGAAGACCAAUUUCAAUAUGGGUUUGCUAAUCUUGAUGAUGAUGAUGGUUCCCUAACUCAGUUUCAUCACAUGCUUCGAAUGCGACCUUUGCAAUCAAUUGUUCAAUUUAAUCAACUUUUAACUUCAGUUGCAAGAACGAAGCGUUACUCCACCGUGAUUUCUCUUUUUAGGAAAAUGAAUUUGUUAGAAAUUGGUUUCAUCAAACCUGAUAAGUUUACACUUACCAGCGUGAUUAAUUGUUUCUGUAACUUGAAUCGAGUUGAUUUGGGUUUUUCUGUUUUCAGGAAUCUAUUGAAACUUGGUUAUGAACCAGACACCACAACCUUCACUACCCUCAUCAAGGGAUUUUGUCUUAAUGGUAACAUGGCUUCUGCAGUUAAGUUUUUUGAUGAAAUUGUGGAGAAAGGGUUCCAACCCAAUUUCAUUACUUACGGCACUAUAAUAAAUGGACUAUGCAAAAUUGGAAACACCAGUGCUGCUAUUCUUUUGCUAAGAAAGAUGGAAGAAAUAGGAGGUUUUGAGCUUGGACUAGUGGAAAACAGCACGGUCAUCAAUAGACUUUGCAAGGACAAGCUAGUAAUCGAGGCUUUCAAGCUCUUUUCGGAAAUGAUAGGUAAAGGUUUUUCACCAAAUGUCGUCACUUACACGUCAUUAAUUCAAAGUGUAUGUAGUUUAGGUGAGUGGAAAGAAGCUAUAAGAUUGUUGAAUGAAAUGGUUGGUAAGAAUAUCUGGCCAAAUGUUCAAACUUUUACCAUUUUAGUUGAUGCACUUUGUAAAGAAGGAAAGGCCAAAGAAGCACAAGCUGUUGUUCAAUUGAUAAUCCAAAGAGGUGUGGUGCCUGAUGUUGUCACUUAUAGUGCUGUAAUGGAUGGGUAUUGUCUGUGUGGCCAAGUAGAUGAGGCAAGGAAAAUGUUUGAUGUUAUGGUCAGUAGGGGUUGUGCUCCUAAUGUUUUCGCUUAUAAUAUCUUGAUAAAUGGGUACUGUAAGAUCAAAAACAUAGAUGAAGCCAUGAAUCUCUUUAAGGAAAUGUCUCGAAAAGGAUUGCUUCCCGAUACUAUUACCUACACCACUCUUAUUGGUGGCUUGUGCCAAACAAGAAGACCUCAAGAUGCACUUUUGCUUCUUGAUGAGAUGCAAACUUAUGGCCAAAUUCCUAAUCUGUUUACUUACUCUACUUUGUUGGAUGGCCUAUGCAACAACCAAUACCUUGAUGAGGCAUUGGCAUUGUUUGAAAAGAUUGAAAUAGCUGGAUUAGUUCCUAAUAUUGUUGUCUAUAAUAGCCUAAUACAACAAAUACUUUUAUCAGUGCAUUUCCUACUUAAGUGUAAAGCAACUCCGUUUCAAUAAAAUUGCCAUUACCUA